GGCAUUCCGUGUAGUGUACAUUUUGCUGUUAAAGGUUAAUACGCGUAAUAACUUGCUUUUAUUAUGUAACGCUUGUAUUUAUGAUGCUAAGAAGUCCAGUUAUCUAGAAUUUUAUUUACGUUAAAUUACUUGAAGGUGUGACUCACACGUAAUGUCUGCAAACGAUGUAAAUCGAGAGAUAUUUUACCAGAGAGUUCAUGAAUUAUUAUUAAACAAGCCAGCGCCGAAUACGUUCCUAAUGACAGCGGCAAAAUAUACACGGCUUAUUCAACAAGUUAAAGAGGCGAAAACAAAAGUCAAGAAACACCCGGCGGAUUAUCGGCGUUUAAAACGAUAUAAUCUGAUUACAACUUCACAGGGCGAUAGACUCGUCAUGGCUCAUAGUGAUGCAAAAAAGUCACCUCAAAUGUUUGUAAAACUAGAAGAGAUAUAUGACAUCAUACGUGAAUAUCAUUUAAAAAUGAACCAUGCGGGCAGAACACGCUUGAUGUACGCUAUAAAACCAAAGUACAAAAAUAUCACAACUGCAAUAGUAAUGCUUUACCUGUCACUUUGCGAAGGUUGCAAGAAUAAAGUAAUAAAACGAAGUAAAACGGUUAAGAGCUUAGAUUAUGAAGAAAAAAUAGAUGCAAGUGACGGGAACAGUGAAGUAGAAUUAAAAAUCGAGGUAGGGCCAGAUCCUUUAGAACCAGUUGUCACUGAUGAUGCAUCUGAUACCGACGUGAAAGAGAGUGUGGAAGAAGAUAGCAAAGUGUAUCCAGAAAUAUAUUCGAGAGGGCAAAUGGACAUAUUAGACGUUACAACUGUAGCUGGCGAAACUUACAAAUGUCUUAUGGUGUACAGAAAUCUUGUUACGAAAUUUAUUCAUUUAAAACCCUUAAAGACUAUAAGCAUAGAUGAAAGCGUCGAUGCUCUAUUGGAAAUAUUUCUAGUAUUUGGUGCACCAAAUAUAUUACAGUCAAAGAAUGGUAUUUAUGUAACGAAACAAAUAUGCCGACGAAUGUAUACGGCGUUCCCAGAUAUUAAAAUCGUGUGUGCUGAAGCUAGUCGAAAUAAAAACGAUUUUGUAGGACAAUCAAAUGAAGAUAUACUGAGAAUGCUUCGUGAUUGGUAUAAACAAAAUUCGUCCCUAAAAUGGUAUCAAGGCGUUAAGUACGUUCAAUAUCUCUUAAAUAAUACAUUUAAUGUCCAUAUUCGUCGAACUCCAAGCGAAUCUGUUUUUGGUUACAACCCGAAGAGAGGCUUAGCUACGUUUAUGACGAAAAACGAGUACGAUCAUCUUGUCACUGAGAGUGAUUUACAGACCGCCUUAGAAGAAAAGGAAUCUGGUAAAAAUUCUGAACAAUUGCUGCUGGAAGAGUCCAUCAUACCUUCUUGCAGCUUUAUUAAAUUGGAGCCAGAAACAAAUGAUGUGGAAGACGUAGAUGAUGAAGACAAUGAGCAUGCAAGAAUCAAAAUAUAAAAAAUAACAUUUAUUAAAGCUUCAAUUGACAUUGUCAGAUUUGCAGAAAAAGUGAUUUUUAAAUAUAAUGUCCCAAUCAACGUAGUAUUGUUGAUGAUAAAAUAAACGAGCGAUCAGAACCCGAGUCCCGUUAAUUUCGAUUGAAGUGUUUAUCCUCAUUUUACGUGUUCGUGAGAGAUUUCCCAUAAAACCGUUACACCAAACUUAUGCCUUGGAUAAUUUAGUGUACACUCACAAUAAAACUUGAACAUGAUUGCUAUUUAUAGCGAUUGUUUGCUUCAGGCUGAGCGUGGGAUAAUCGCAUUUGACGCCAUCUAUCGAUGAUCAAAGUCGAUUACGU